CAGUUCAGUUUCAAACCUGUACGUAAACGGACAUAUUUUUAUUUUUUAUUUAAUCGUAUGAAAGAAAAUUAUACUUUUUACCACGAACAGCGAUAUUGUUAAUAUUAAUAACAUUCGAAGAUGAUGUAUAUUUAUUUAUAUAUAUAUAUUGCUAAUUUCGUGCCAAAUAAAAGAAAAUCAGUUUUGAUCAGCAACAUUAUAUAAAACCGAAUUUGUUUGUACCUCUUGAAUGAGAGUUUCAUCUCUCAAUAGAAAAAUAAGAAAAUAUUAAUUUUGCUGCCAUAUCGUCAUACGGCCGUCGUGACGUGUCGCAGGCUACUGCUCUCGGAGACGACCUAAAGUUUGGUCGUUGCGACCUGUCUCGUCUAGCAAACCAGUGUAUACCGUUUUCGUAUAAACAGAUAUUGACGACUUGUCGAAGCGACCUAUUGUCGCGUCUAACAAACCGUACCUUUAAUUGCCUUAAUACCGGUCUAUCAGUAACGAAAAUAAGAUUGUUUAUUUUUAAUUUAUCAACCAAUGUUUAAACAAGUAAAAUAAACGAACAUCAUUGAGCUUAAUGUUAGACAAAUAUUCGAAUUAAUUUUAAUCACUGAUAUCAUACCUUUAAGCUGUGCCGGUUUUAGGAAUUUUUUCUGGGGGGUCCAUUGGUAUUCACUAUAUAUUUAACACAAACAAAUAUUUACCCAUUGAUCAUGCAUUAAUUCAAUUUUAAUUGCCCAACAUUCACUGCCAGUAAAAAUAAUUUGUUUACUCUUAUAUAUCUAAUCUAACUCGUGACGAAUCUAAUUCGUCAUGCAUAUUAUUAGGUAAGUAUAAAAGCAAUAAAUUAAUAUUACACUACAAGGUAAGUGGUGUUUUAUUUACACAAUAUUAAUCUUAUCACAUUGGUAAUAUUGUGCGAUUUGACAAAACCACAGAUACAGGCAUAAGUUAAUGUUCAUAGAGUUCAUACCUUAUAUAUAGUAGGUAGUUUAUAGUUUAUAGGUACAUUAUAAUUUCCGUAGUGUCUGCUGUCUGUCUAGCACCCUAGGAACCACGAAUUAAAAUAUAUUGUGGUAUUUGAAUUAGUGAUAGGUACCUAUCAAGCAAAUACAAUUUGUAAAAGUUUUCUCGUUUGGUUUGUGUAACGUCUAUAACAUAACUGUUACUUAACGUUUAUCGACUGAGUAAGUAAUAAGCUAACAAAUAUUAUAAUACUUAGUAUAUCAAUCAACUUAACGCCUUAUUCUUUAUUAUUAAAGAAACAGAAAAUAAAAUCAUACCCAAUAUUAUGUUGAACUGAACAACAAUUUGUUAGCGUUGUCUAUGGUUUCAUAUAGUUAGCACCAGAAAGAUUGGCACAGCAACUGAUAUGAUAAUCAGUGAUAAAUUGUGAAUUGUGCUUUUAAAUUAAUCACAAUCAUCCAUUGCAUCAGAUUCUUCGCGUUUCUAACCCAAAUUAAUCUAAAGUUAUGUUGUAAUAAUGAUUUAUUGAACCUAAUUAAACUUUUAUAAGGUAAUUUUUUUUUUUACUAUUGUUUAAUUAUUAUAUAAAUACAUAAGCCACAACUUCUGUAUAUUGCCAAAUAAUGUUUAAUUUUUAAAAUAAAAUAUUUGGUAAUAUCAUCUAAAUGCAAAGACUCUUGUUUUCCUUAUUUGCAUGCGCCUCUGCUUUGCCAAUCUAACUAGUGUUGACUGUUGGUACCUACCCGACUAACCCUUAUAACGUCAUUGAACGCUUUGUUCUCCUUUAAAUCAGGUCAUAUUACUAUGAUGUAAUACAUUUAAAUACUUUUACUGCAUAUGUACAGUACUUAUGAAAUAUUACUCAACAGUAAACCACCCAAAUAUUAAUAAGUUUUAAUCAUAAUAUAUUUAGGUAUAUAUUUUACUGUUAAUAGAUAAGAGAAUUGAACACUAAAAAAAUCAACCAUGUCAACAAAAAGUUAUGAAAAUAAAGACGUGGAACAAGCAAAGACAAGAGUUAGCAAAGAAAAUGUAAAAUUAGAGAAUAAAAUAAAUAUAUUGCCUAGCUGAUUAUUAUUGGUAGCAUAUUAUUUUAUAAUUAGAAUCUUAUUGAAAGUGAACUAUCUGCGACAUCAAUGAAUGCGACCACAUCAAAACACCGUUCUACCAUUGAUGAUGCAAUUGAUUCUGUAAUGGAUUGGGUUAAAGAAUUAAAUGUAUGUAAUUUUUAAAUUGGUUUUUGAAUGGUAUUUAAUUCAAUUUUAUUUGUAUUGUACAAUUUGUUUAUCAUAUCUAAUUUAAUAUUUAAAAAUAAGUUAUCAAUUAUUAGGUAAGUAAUUUAUGAACAUAUUUUGAAUAAAAUAAAUAUUCAUUAAAUCAUAAUUAUUAUUUAGUUGGUAAUACUUUAGUAAUGUGUAAUUUUUUCAGGAAAAUGAUGAGGAAAAGCACGAGUCGGUCAAAAAAAAGAAAAAGGAAUCAUAUUCAUAUCAGCCAAAUAUAUCAGUUCCUAAAUAUUAUCAAGUAUAAAGACUAAACUUAAAAAAACUAAAUUGAAUUUAUUAUUCUAUUAACACUAUUAACUCUUAACUAUUUUAUGCUAAUAGUGCUACUUACUCUUAUUAUAGUUUAUGUGAUAAAUUUCAAUUAAUGGUAAAACUGAUUUUUAGAAGGGAAGUUUUUUAUUUCUGUGUUAUAAUGGUUUACUCUCUUAUUGUAUACUUAUCUAUAGUAAAUACUAAUUACAUAAAAAAUUGAUUCAAUAUUAUGUUAAUUUACAAUCUAUAUUAAAUAUUAAUAAAAAUUAGUUCUUGCAGACCAAUAGAAAUUAAAAACAAAAAUAAAUGUCCUUAUUUAAAGUUAGAUAAUAUUAUAAACUUUCUGUCCCAUUCAGCUUUGUACACAGUUAUAAGAAAGUAUAUAAAUGUUAUUAUCUGUGAUAUCUAAUUUCGAAACCUUUGACCAUUCAAAGUUAAUUGUGAUUGACAAAUAUUAAUUUUUUUUAAGUUAACUUUUUUGUCACAUGCAAAAAAGUUAACUUAUAAUAAAGUUUUUCUCGUGUCAUCAAAAAUACAAUUUUUUUUAUGAAAAUACUAACCCUGUGUUGUGUUAAUUACCCUUUUGGGUUUCAAGGUGUAGAACAACUUAUUCAUCUGCUUCUAUUCGUAAAUGUUUAAACCAUUGAGUACUAUAGAUUCAGCUGUGUAUCACACACAUAUAAACAAAUUGAUACUUUCUUUUAUUAUAUAGUAUAGAUUGGUAAUAUCAAUAAUGCUGAUUUUAUUUUUAUUCUAUAACUAAUGGAGUCUUAAAAAUUGAUUUUAUUUAGUUCAUUAGGUACAAUAUUGUUUAAUUAUUCUUAUUAACUAAUGAAUUUGUAUAGGAUGGUUGUGAAGUAGAUGCUUUUCGUCGAAAUUGUAGAGGAGAAACACAGUUGCACAUUACUUGUACUAAAGUAAAUUAAUAAUAUAUACAUUUUAUAAAUAAAUAAUUGAUUUCUAUUAUACAAAUAUAAAAUAAUUAUUGUUUAAUAAAUAUUUAGAUGUUUUAGUAUUCUUAACUAUUAAUAAUAUUUUAGGGUUUAGAACUGUAUGCUGGGGUUCUCCUUCUUGAAUAUGUUAUGAACCCAAAUAUUAAAGACAAUGCUGGAUGGACACCUUUGGUAAUCAAUAAUUAUCAUUGUUAUCUUAAAACAACUUUAAAUGGUAUUAAAAUAUGUAAUAUUUAGCAUGAAGCAGUGAGACUUGGACGUGUAGAUUGGGUGGAAAUGUUUGUUGAUUAUCAUGCGAAUAUAGAUGUUCCAGGAUAUGAAUAUGAAACACCAUUAUAUUUAGCCGUAAAGUGUGGACAUUUUGAUGUAGCAGAAGAACUUAUUUAUUAUGGAGCUGAUAAGAACUGUAUAAACAAAUACGGAGAAAAUUUAGAGUAAGAAAUAUUACUUACUUUUGUGUUUUAUUAACACUAAGUGACAAACUAAUAUAUGACAAUUAUAUUUAUUAAUAACAUUUAUCUAUUUGAUGUAUUUAGUACUACACAAAUUAUUAAUUUAAUAGAAUAUAUUAAAUAAUGUAUUAAAAUUUCUUCUCACCAAUUAUUAUUCAAUUCUUAAAUUCUUUUAAAGAUUAAAUUGAAAAACUUAAAAAAGUGUUAUCCAUUUAUCAUAACCAAUUUAUAAAAUUACUAAAUGAACUUUUUUAAGUUUCUCUAUUCAUAAAGUUAUAAUAGACAUACCUAGGUACUGAAAAAUAUAAAUUUAUUGUGAAGCCCAUAAAUUGAUUUAUAGAUUUACUUAUAUUAUAUUAUAAUGUUUCUUAACAUUUAUUUAUACAAUUGUUAUACUCUAACGAUUUUAUUAUAUAAUUGAUUGUUUUUUUAUUCAAGCAUUAAAUUAGUUUUAAUAUUUUGGUUUCAGAUCAUUAAAUCCUGAAAAAUGGUCAGAAUUAUCAAAAAUUCCUUCUGGGGAGUCUACAUUACCAAUGUUAAUAAAUUCAGAACAUGGUUUUUGUUCUAGAGAUACUAAUUAUUUGUAUUUUAGUAAUGUUUCUAUAGAUAAGACAGUUGUGAAGCAAUUUAUUUCACGGUUCCGCUUUAAAUUAGUUGAACAUAUUGUGUAAGUCAAAAUUAAAAAUUGUUAUUUUUUUUUUUAAUACAAAUAACCAUUUUUAAAAGGAAUGGAGAUUUUAGUAAAGUGACCCACAUAAUUGUACCAGAAACUGAAAAUCAAACAUGUGAUGUCAAUUUUGAUUGUUUAUCAGGCAUAGCAAACGGAUUAUUUAUAAAUACUGUAAAGUGUAAGAAUAUUUCUUAUUUAAUAUUUUAUAUUAUGAUCAAAGAGUAAAAUUGUUUUUUAAACAUUUUAAUUAGGUGUUACUGAUUCAUUACAAAAAGAUAAACUCUGUAUGGAUGAUAAAACUUAUUUAGUAAAAGGAACUACACGUUUUCCCAUUUGUGCUGGAUUAAGAAAUUCAAGAAUAAGCAUAAGUCUUGGGGUAAAAGUUAUAAUAUUAAUACAUUAUUAUUAUUAUUUAUUUAUUUAUUUAAAAUAUAAACAUAAUAAGAAAAUGCAGAUCACAUAUUAGACAUUAAUUAACUAUUAGUAAUGUGGACCUUUCUUUUGGUUUUUAGUGUACACUUUUCAUAAAUGUUAAAUUCUUUAUUAUUUGUUAGUUUGUUAUUGGUUAUAUAUGUUGCUGUAUUUAUAAAUGUAUUUGUUAAAAUAGCAUAACUGUUAUAAAUAAAUACCUAAUAUAAAUUAUCAUAAUUAUAUAUAUAUCUAGAUUUGUAUAUGUAAAAUCAUGUUCGAUUUAGGUUGGAUUUUUGUAUAAAUCUGCAAUUAUUUUAGGUACAAAGUGUAGGAAUGUAUUGGUUUUACAAUGUUGUUUAUUAAAUUAAAAUUUUUUUUGAAUCUGUGAACAACUUGUCUACUAAAAAUUUGCUCCUAUGUAUCAAAUAUCUUUUAUAAAAUUAAAUUUUAUCUACUUGGUAAUUUAGGGGGGUCAUAUUUUGAUUUUCCAUGUGUUUUUAAUAAUAAUUGGGAAAAACGUAAGGAUAAACUGACAAAUAUUUACUACUUAAUGAUUUCAUGAUUUUACAUUUUUAUUAACUUAUGCUUUUUAUUAAUCUUGUAUCAAACGAAAAAUGACAGGAAACCUUUUUUAUUGAAUUUUGUAUUCAGUUGGUCUCUAAGAUUCUGUUUUUGAUGGUUUUCUACAAGAAAUAUUACAAUAAUAAAAAAAAAUGACAAAUAAAUUGUGUUGUUGAACUUUUAAUUUAGUUGAUGAGUAAGAAAGUAGGAUUUUGAUUUUUCGUGUAAUUUUUUUUAAUAAUUUAGCAAGAAUGUAAAAAAAAAAAAACAUAGAAUUAAUAGGAAAACUUACGAAAAUAAUGCUUUAAUUAUUUUUAUGUUUUAGUUCAGUUAAAAAUAUUUGUAAAGACUUGAAAUUUGUGCUAUUUUUAAGCUAUUUAUAGACAUUUCAAUUUUGAGAUUUUUUACAUAAUUUUUAUCUGGUAGGUAAUAAUAAAAAAAAUAAAUAAAAAUGGUUGCCAAUGACAACCUUAUUUUAAUCUUACAUGAUUUUUUUUAACCUUAAGAGGUUUUCCUCAUUAUCUCGAAUAUUAAUGAGUAUUUCAAAAAAUGACCUUUCUAAAGACUACCCAGAGAACAUUUCCUUUCACAAAAGGUUCUAUAUUUGUAAUCUGUGUAUGCUUUCUGGUAGAAAGUGUUCACAUAAAAAAAAAAAAAAAAUAAACAUCAUUGUAAAAUCAAUACAUUGCACUUAGAAUCUAAAAUGUGAAGAAUGUAAUGUAGAAUUUUUUUUGUAAGAAUUUUAAUGUCAAAUUUUAACGAAAAUCAUAACAAAUUAUGGUCUUAAUUAUGAUUAGGUGACACAAGGACUUUUAAGACACAGUAUAUUGUACAUAUUUAAGGAGAAUAAUGUAUACCUUGUUAAUUUGUAUAUAAAGCUAACAAAAUCAAACUUGAAUUUAUAUGUUUUGUAUGUAGAAAGACUAGAUUUCAUAUUAACGUAAUUAAUUUUUGUUACAGUUUCCAAAACUAUUUGAUGGCAUAAGUAUACACAUAAGUGGAGAUAAAGGUUGGGAACAAUUUUCUUUACAACAAUUAAAACAAUUGGUUGUUAAUUUUGGAGCACAAUUGUUGACACGCAUGCCAAAACCGCAUACCUGUCCCACUAACAUUAUACCGUUCCAUUGUCGAAAUAAUAAAGAUAUGUAUCGUGUAUCCACCAUUGUAUUAUACACUACUGAUUCAGACAGAUUAGUUAAAUACAAUUUGGAACAUUUAAAGACUUUUCAUAUUUCUUGGUUUAUGGAUAACGUGCAAAAUUAUAGAAUUGAAUAACUAAUAUAAAUAAAUAUUUAUUAUAUAUUACCUACUGAUCAGCUGCAGGGUAUCUGUGAGGAUUUCUCCAUUAUAAAAUAAAAUUGAUAAUCAACGGUAUUAUGAUAUACAUACUUAUAUUUGUUAGUGUGUACAGUUUUACAGAAAUAUAAAGAGUUAUAAAUUAUAAUCUAAUAUUACAGUAGGUAUUGUGUUUGUUAAUGAUACUUCAACUACUAUACUUAUUAUGAUAAUCAUUUUUUUUUUUUUUUUUUAAUAAUUCUAAAUAAAUAUAAAUAUUUUAUUUAAAAACGUGAUGUUAUAUUUUUUUUUAUUUAAUAUAUUAUUGUUGUCAAAAUGAAUUGGUAAUUAUUGUACAACUUGUUUUGCAAUGCAAUUAUAUACCACUGUUUAUUAUUUCUAUGCUAAUAAAUAUUGCAGG